UGGGCAGCCGAAGAUCCCGAGGGCCCUUUGGCGAUCAACUACUACAGCUAUGGAGUCUCAAAGCGGCGGUGACUUUAGCCUCUCCGACGAGAUUCUCGCCGUGAUUCCCACCGACCCUUAUGAUCAACUUGAUCUCGCCAGGAAGAUCACUUCCAUGGCUAUAGCUUCGAGGGUUUCGAAUCUGGAAUCUCAAGUCUCCGGCUUGAGACAGAAGCUUCUUGAGAAAGAUCGGCUUGUUCAUGAACUUGAAGACAGAGUCUCUUCCUUUGAAAGACUUUACCAUGAGGCUGACUCUACUUUGAAGAAUGUUGUCGAUGAAAAUAUGAAACUAACUCAAGAACGAGAUUCACUGGCUAUCACUGCGAAGAAACUCGGUCGUGAUUUUGCAAAGCUGGAAGCAUUCAAGAGACAAUUGAUGCAGUCAUUGAAUGAUGACAAUCCAUCUCAAUCUGAGACUGCUGAUGUCAGAAUGAUUUCUCGAAAUAAAGAUGAGAAUUCAAAUGGCUUAUCCGCACAUGGUUCCUACUCAAACAACCAAGGUUUAAGUGAAGCGAGGCAAAGACAGUCUAUGACUCCGCAAUUCUCUCCCGGUUUUACACCAAGCGAAACACCAAAGAUCUUAUCUACUGGUGCUUCUCCAAGAAGCUACUCUGCUGCUUCAUCGCCAAAGCUAUUCUCUGGUGCUGCAUCCCCAACAACUUCACAUUAUGAUAUACGUAUGUGGUCUUCAUCAAGCCAACAAUCUUCAGUAGCAAACUCUCCUCCUCGCUCGCAUUCUACUUCAGCUCGCCAUCCCCGGAUUGAUGGGAAAGAAUUCUUUAGACAAGCCAGGAGCCGUUUGUCUUACGAACAGUUCAGUGCAUUCCUGGCUAACAUCAAGGAACUAAACGCUCGGAAGCAGAGCCGCGAGGAUACAUUACAGAAAGCAGAGGAAAUAUUUGGAAAGGAAAACAAUGAUCUAUACAUAUCGUUUAAGGGACUUCUCACAAGUGGGCGUUGAAGCAAAAACACCAACUUCUAAGCUUUCUUUUCAUGACCAAUAAUUAGUCAUGACUGAUUUCAAAUUUGUAAAACCUCUUUAACCAUAGAAGAAUGAGGGGAUUUUGCAGUUGCAAGUCCCACUUCUUUUGCCAAGACGACGAAGAGUUUAUAUCUUGUUUUAAAAAUAUGUAUUAUCAUUCCUUGAUUUAGUUAAACAGAUGAGCAAAAAUGUAAUAAUAAUGAGUCGGUUUACAGUAAAAGUCAUCUUCUAAG